AUGGCGGGCCCCUCGUCACUGUCGUGGCCUUCCUCUUCUUCGCUGUCGUCAAGCUCGCUGAGCAAUCCAGGGUCGUCGAAGCCUUCGGACACAGAACGGCUCAGUGUCGGUCCCAGGCCCGAACCCGUCGUCCAGAUCGCCGUCGGCGCCGGCGCUGGCCAGCGCUCUGCCGCGCAGGGUGGGCUGGCCGCCCACGGCGCCGCCGCCGCCCGGGCCGCCGCCGGGGCCGGCGUCGGCGAGCAGGACCCGACCAAGCUGCCCAAAGCCGCCCACGUCGCCGCGACGGUCACCAUGGCCCUCCUCAGCGCCCAGCCGAAGCCCCGCGCGUCCACCGCCUGGCCCCCGCGCGGCGCCCACGGGGGCGGCUGCAUGGCGGCCCAGUGCGGCCCCGUCCGCGGGGCCCUGGCGCGCGCUUGCGCGCGCGUACGCCGGGUCUCGGCGCCU